AUCGAUUGCUCCACAAUGUUUCGCUUGGGAAGUAAAAGAUGGCGGCUCCUAUGGAAGUGCCAAUGUCCCUAUUCAUGUGAAUGAUCAAAACAAAGCCUUUACAGGCGCCGUGAGAGCGGGCUUUCGGGAGCGGAGAGAUGUGUGAGAGUUACGCGCGCUCGCUGCUGCGGGUGUCCGUGGCGCAGAUGUGUCAGGCGGUGGGCUGGGACGCGGUGCAGCUGAGCGCCUGUGAUCUGCUGUCCGAUGUGCUGGAGAGAUACGUGCAGCAGCUGGCCCGGAGCUGCCACCGAUACUCCGAGCUCUAUGGACGUACAGACCCUGGACUGAGUGAUGUGGACCAGGCUUUUGGAUUUUUGGGAGUCAGUAUAGCUGAACUUGAGGACUAUGUGAAUAACUUGGAGCCUGUUGGCUACCCACAAACUAUCCCUCAGUUUCCCAUCAGCAAGAGCAGCGUUCUGCAGUUUCCUGCUGCUGGCUUUGAAACGGACGCCCGUGAAGCCCUGAGGGGAGAAAGGAGAGACUACAUCCCAGAGUACUUUCCUCCGCUCGUCUCACUGCAGGAAGAUGAGGAAGAGGAGGAACCGGUUCCUCCAGAUAUGGGCACCUCCGCCGAGGCCAUGCAGGUCUCCUUGGGUGAGGAAGAGGAUGUUGAGGAAGAGGAGAAUGAUGAGAACUGGCUUAGUCGACAUGGCGGACAGAGUCCCAGACCUGAGGGUUUAUUGCCUGCCGCCAAGAGACCCCGCCUAAGCACCAAACCUGGCGUUAGCCCUGAAUGGAGUUACGAACCACGGGAACCCCUCAGUUCCCUCAACUCCCAACACAUGCCCCAUUCUCCCUCCCCUCCCCUCUCCCCCGAAUUACCCAGACCUCCUGUGGCACCUCCUACACCUGGACACAAGCCCAAACUGCCCUCGCCCUCUCCUGCUCGGCAGAAGAACAAAUCGCCCAAAAGAGGGGUUUGCUCUGCACCCACUGGUAUAUUGGGCAGAGCGCUUGCGUUGACCCCACCCAAGACCAAUCAGAAAGCUGGGAAGAGAUCACCCGGUAGGCCCAAAAGCCCCCGUAGCCCACGGCCAAGUCCUGCCCAUUCGGGUGCAGCUGGGCGUGGUUGGGCCGGACCUCUCGGAGAUGAUAGUUCUCGCGAUGGCCAGUUCAGAGGUCUUGAUACAGGAGACGAGGAUAUUGAGAACUCUAUUGCUGCUGUGAUUGCUCGCGCUUGUGCGGGUGGAGAUGGCACAUCAGACCCAUUUGCUUAUGACUCGGACUCAGACAGUGAGGGGACAAACCCUCCAAAACCUGCACCCAAACCUGCACUUACACUUAGCUAUGUCAAACCUCCACAAGUUCUCCCCGGAAAACAUCCGCUUCCGCCCCUUCCCCUACAUCUCAACCCACCCAACCGCUGGACGAUGGAUGACUCUAUAGACGAGGUCAUUCGAAAGGCCAAUCAGGGUCAAAAGCCAAUUCAGGCCCCAAGUCUUUCACCUCCAGAGCCCGCUUACCUGUCGUCCCCACCUGACUCGCCUCCUACACCGCCACCACCUCUCAAACCAGCCCAGGAACGGAAAGACCCAAUUACCGCUACUCUUCUGAAGAAAAAACUCAAGAAGGACAUCAGAGCCAAGUUGAAGAAGAAAGACAAGGAGCGACUCAAGGAGAAGGGCAAGGAGAAAGGAAAGAACAAGGACAAAAAUAAGGAGAAGAAGCGGGAAAAGGAGCGAGGGCAGGUGGAGGAGAACAAGAUCGCCUGGCCGGAGCUAUCGCUCGUAGUUGGAGGUGAAGAGCGCAGAGACGGCCUUGGCGGGAAGAAAGAAAAGGACAAACACAAGGACAAGAAGAAAGAUAAAGAGAAAAGUAAGAAAGAGAAAGAGAAACGAGACAAGGGUAAGGAGCGAGGCAAGGAGGAGAAGAGGAUAUCUCAAGUAACCAAAGACGUCGCCGCUGCCGUUGCCGCCACCAGCCCACUGUUCAGCCCCCAGUCCUGCUUACGAAUCCCAUCAAUGUUGCCCCCUUUGCCACCAAUACUCCCUGAUAAAUUGUUCCUGAACACCAAGGAUACCAAGAGCAAAGACAAAGACAAGAAGAAGGACAAGAAAGAGAAGAAGAAGAAAAAAGAGAAAGAGAAAGAUAGAGAGAAGGAGCGUGAAAAGGAAAGGGAGAAGGAACGGGCAAGGGAGAAGGAGCGAGAUAAAGAGGAGAAGAAAAAAGACAAAGAGAAGAAAGAAAAGACGAAGGAAAAGGAAAAAGACAAGCCAAAACUUGAGAAACAAAGUUUAAUGGCUGAUAUUUCUCCCGCUGUCCCACCGUCUCCUGUCAUUCCCCGACUGACCCUCAGAGUGGGCGCUGGACAAGACAAGAUUGUGAUCAGUAAAGUGGUCCCAGAGUCAGAGCCCUUCCCUCCUCCACCACGGACCCAUGUGGCCAGGUCGGGUCCGGGAGCUCGGAUGCGUUCCCCUCCAGCUCCUCCUCCACCUGCCCUGGCACCUGUAGCACCUCCACCCCGCCCUCCUCCUGUCCUGCCCCCAGCCGCCCCCAUUCAGACGCCAACCAGCCAGGCCAAGUCACGGGGGUGCAGCGUCGUCACAGAGACCGUCAGUGCAUACGUGAUUCUAGAUGAAAGGGGUAAUAAGAUCUGGAUUUGUCCAGGAUGUAAUAAACCUGAUGACGGCAGUCCCAUGAUCGGAUGCGACGAGUGUGACGACUGGUAUCACUGGCCAUGUGUGGGUAUUUUAGCCGCCCCUCCGGAGGACCAGUCGUGGUUCUGUGUGAAAUGCGCUGGCAAGAAGAAAGACAAGAAGACAAAAAAAAGGAAACGCAAAGCGCACUGACCCACAUUUCUUCUUUUUUUUUUUCUUUUUUUUCUCCCGUGUCCGUGCUCAUCUGUUUUCGCCUUAACUCUAUUUUGCUGCAUUUGUCUGUUUUUUUUGUUUGUUUUUUUCGUUUUCACCCAGCCCUUCUUUUAACUUGGUUAACUUAACUCAGUGUCCGGUAUCAUAAUGUAUUUUUUAAAAAUGAAAAUUUCAAAUGUUGUAUAUGUUACUUUUUUAUGUGGAGGAUCGUACAGUAUGUCUAUAUGAUCUUUGUACCGAGCUCAUGAUUGUUCAGUAGAUGUGUGUUGAAAUGAACCUCUCAGUUCGCCCUCGUUUAAAGGUUGUUCCAUGUUAUGUGCUCAUUCAUCAAAUCACCCAGGAGAAGAAAAAAAAAACGUUCUGUACUAUAAUCUGCCUUUUAAUAUCGUUCUUCUGAUUGAUUUUGACUGGAGGUGCAGUUUCAUUUUACUAUGGAUUUAAUUAAAAGUUGCUUUUUCACAUCUUA